CAACCAUUAACCUUAAUAUAAUCCUUCACAUUGCAAAACUUUCCCAGUCUUUAACUGAAUAUUUUUUCAGUGGUAAGAGUGGUACAAUUAUAGCAUGUUCCGAUCAUUAAACAAAUGGCAGAAAUUGGGUACAUCCAUAUCAUCCCGAAACUUAUUAUCCACCACUACAAAUAAUUUGGAGAAUUCACUGAUUUGCCAAGAAUUAUUGCCGAAUACAGUGGAAGAAAUAGGAAUACCGUAUGCUAUUAAGCGCAGCCCAACUGAUUUGCUUCGUGCACUGGCGGAUACAGUUGGUGUUGAUCCAACAGCUCCACAUUUUGCCCUUAUCGAUGAUCCAUUGACGAUUCCCACAGAUUCACAGCGCGAUUUAUAUUUUGUUGCCAAAGAAAUGGGACGUCGUGCAGCUCAACAACUUGCCCAAGAAUGGCCAACAUUAUUCAUGUAUGAUACAGAUAUACCACGUAUUCAAGCUUAUCGACCGCAGAAAUCACCCGAUGUCUCUGAGAUUGCACCUACCGUUGAAAAUUUACAAAAAUUGAUAGCAUUAAAAGAGGUGGUCGGUGCAAAUCAAUUAUAUGAUAAAUUGGCCGCUGAAAAUGUAACAAUACCUCGCGAAGUAUUGGUUGAUCUAUUUCGCUUGUUGGUUUACUAUAACGGUAAGCCAAUCCCAGCUUCUGAAAUGUUGUGGCAUGGAUGGCGAAAUUAUGGUUGUCAAGUGGAACAAGAACCAGAAAUGUGGGAUAGUGGUGGUGCAGCUGAUCUUUUAUUCGAAGAGCUUGAAAAAGAUAAAGAAAUUUAUUCCCUAAUGAUAGCUGGAUUGUGUAAAUAUAGUAACGCUGAAUGUACUACACGUGCGUUGGAACUUUAUAAGGAAAUGCGUGAGAAAAGUUUUGUUCCAACUGUUGAGGCAUACUAUGGUCUUAUUACAAUUGCGAAGACUUGGCAGGAAGCGAUAUUUUAUUUGAAAGAUAUGGCACAAAAGAGUAUUAAACCGAAUAUUCGGAUUUUCAAUGCUUUAAUCGAAAAAUCUAUAUCAGUUCAACUGCGUGAUCAGUUUAAUACAGCAAUCAAGAUAUUGAAUGAAGCAACGACCGUGGGAUGUAAGCCAAGUUUACGUACGUAUUCGUUGUUGAUGAGGAGUUGUUUAAAGCAGAGGAACAUUAGCAAGUCUGUUUGCUUAGCUCAUCUAGUGCAUAUUUUGGCCGAACUUGAGCGGACUGAAGCAAUUGAAAUGUUGGAAAAAGGUGAUGAAGAAUUUUUCACUAGUGCGAUGGAUUUUGCAUUACAAACGAGGAAUAUUGCAGUUGCAGAGAGAAUAUUAGCUCUCUAUCGUGCACCAAACAAUUAUGUUCGUUUACCUGCUUUUCUGGGAGAAGCGGAAUUUUAUGGAUUAUACCUACGCAUUGUGAUUAGUCAGUUGUCUUUGCAAGAGCUUGAAAAACAAUAUAUGUCACUGGUCCCACGAGCUGUUCCAUUCUCUAAUAAUUUGGCUAUGAUUAUGCUUCGGAGAUUACAGACCGAAAAGAACGUGCCGUGGUUAUUCUCUCGCCGAUUGAUUGAAGAUUUUAUUACGAGCCGACAUAUUUUGCGGCCGCAUUUAAAUCAACUUUUACGCUCUUAUUUGCUCAGUAUGGAUUUAAAGAAAAUGACUGUGGAACAGAAAGAAGAGCUUCGCGAUUUAGUUGUCAAAAUUGUUGAUAUUUUUGUGGAAAUAAGUCGGUUUUCGGAAAUAAAGCGCUUGCAGAAGAUUCAGAAGAAAUUGGAGCCUGAUUUUAUAGCAGAUAUGUCGUUGAUGAUGAUAAAACUGGAUGAAAGGGAACGUGCAUGGAAGUUUCUAGCUUUGUUACUAGAUGAAGAGGCAAAACAGGGUGAAGCUGCUACAGUUAGCAAUGAAAGAUCUCCGAAUUAUGAAAUUUUGAAUUUAUUGAUGCAGGAGGCACUGAAUGAAGGUAAUUGGUAUAAUGCGAGCUGUUGUUUGCAAAUUAUGGCAUUGUAUUCACUCUCAGAGAAUUUGAAGUCGGAGGCAGAUCGUAUCAGUAAACAUUGCAACUUAACGUCGAUACAGAGGAAGAUUUUAGAAAAUUUUAUUGAUGUAAGAACUUAA